GCAGCUGUCAUGCUGACUCACGCACCAGCAGGCAGCAGGAGCAGAACAUGGGCUCCCUAGGAGCUGUGGCCGGCUGGGGGCUUCUGGAUUACAAGACAGAGAAGUAUGUGCUGACCAGGAACUGGCGAGUGGGUGCCUUGCAAAGGCUGUUUCAGCUCGGAGUCGUGACCUAUGUGUUGGGGUGGGCUCUACUCGCCAAAAAAGGCUACCAGGAAUGGGACCUGGAUCCCCAGAUUUCUGUCAUCACCAAACUCAAAGGGGUUUCUGUGACUCAGAUCAAAGAGCUGGGGAACCGACUGUGGGAUGUGGCUGACUUCGUGAAGCCACCACAGGGAGAGAACGUGUUCUUCUUGGUGACCAAUUUCCUGGUGACACCGACUCAAGUUCAGGGCAGGUGCCCAGAGCACCCCUCUGUCCCACUGGCUAACUGCUGGGCUGAUGAGGACUGCCCUGAAGGGGAGACAGGAACACACAGCCACGGCAUAAAAACAGGUCAGUGUGUGGUGUUCAACAGUACCCAUAGGACCUGUGAGAUCCAGGGCUGGUGCCCAGUGGAAAACAGCACUCUGUCCACGAGGCCACUGCUGAUCCAGGCUGAGAACUUCACAUUGCUUAUCAAAAACACCGUUACCUUCAGCAAGUUCAAAUUCUCCAAAACCAAUUCCUUAGACACCUGGGAUGCUGCCUAUUUCAAGCAAUGUCGCUACGAUCCACUCUCCAGCCCUUACUGCCCUGUGUUCCGCAUUGCGGACAUCGUGACUGCAGCUGGAGGGGACUUCGAGGACCUGGCACUGACGGGUGGCGCUGUGAGCAUCCGUGUCCAUUGGGAUUGCAAUCUGGACACUGGGGGCUCCGACUGCCGGCCACAGUACUCCUUCCAGCUGCAGGAGAGGAGCUACAACUUCAGAACAGCCAGCCACUGGUGGGAGGCUCCAGGUGUGGAAGCUCGAAGCUUGCUUAAGCUCUACGGGAUCCGCUUUGACAUCCUCGUCACUGGGCAGGCAGGGAAGUUCGGACUUAUCCCCACGGCCAUCACAGUAGGCACCGGAGCAGCUUGGCUGGGUGUGAUCACCUUCCUCUGUGAUCUGCUGCUGCUGUACGUGGAUAGGGAAGGUCAUUUCUACUGGAGGACGAAGUAUGAGGAGGCAAAAGCCCCAAAGGCGACUGCCAACCUUUCGUGGACCAAGCCAGUUUUCACACCCACAAGUCCAGCUGUCCAGAUGUCGUAGGUGGUGCUACCACUCAUCACCCUGCUUCUGGGUACCAGACAAUCAAUUCCAGGGUGCUCCUGUCUGGACUGCAGCAGCUACUUGCCUGCCUAUUCCUGAGACCUAUAGCCACCCUAUGCUUGUUGGGGUUUGGGGAAUGGGGAUGGAACAGAAUAGGGGUCUUGGCUUAGAAAUCUCAAGGAUAGAGCCCCAGAAGGACUGGGGUAGGAACUGGAGGGAGGGAGAAUGCUACCCUUGAACUCCCAGGAAGACUGUCUCUCCUGGGUCAUGCCUUGGCAAGGUGUUACCUGGGAAGCCACAGAAAACAGUUUGGUGGUGGUACAACAUGAGCUACAGAGGUGAGUGAACAGGGGAGCCUGACUGCACCAUAGGCGAGUGCUUAGCCUGUGAGUGCCUGUGCUUCCCUAUGGCAGCCCCUGGUUGUCAUAGUUGACACAGGGAGGAGAGAGGGGCAGGGCUGAGUUGGUGAUCUUGAGUCUUUUGGGGCCUUCUCUAUAUUUCUUUGAAGUUUCUCCAGCCUAACUCCCUAAAACUGACCACUAGGCUUGCUGAGAGUCCCAGGUGUGGAAAGGCCAUACAUCUGGAAUUUAUUGCCUCCUAAGUCAUACCUGGGAACCUCUGGCCAGCUGCCCAACCCUCAGGUGUGCAGCCGGAGGCACUGCAACCCAAAGGCCCUAAUUUUGAUCUUAGGCAGAGUGCAGUGGCUGGCUACAAGGAAUGUCUCUAAUAAAGGACAUUGAGGUUCUCCUGAAGGUUGGCUAGGUUCAGGUUCUGGAAUCCUCCUGAGUGCCUAAGUCCUAGCUGAUGGAAAUUGACCCCAUGUCCUGGGACCCACAAUAGGAUGGGAGGGACAAAGCCACAAGACCCAAGCCUUCUCUUGGUUCCAGGUUGGAGCCAGGAUUUGGAAGUACCCACUCCACGGAAGAAGUGAGAGGCUGCUUUCUCGUGGUGAUGAAGGGCAUGGUGGGAGGUGCCAGGGCUUGGGCUGAAGCUGGGUUAGCGUAUGGAAUCACCUGGCACUCACAGCCUCAGUAAAUCCUUUGAGGUCCCUGCUGCCUUUAAUCCCUAGGAGCUUAGCAUCCGGGGAAUGUAGCUUCCAGAGAGCUAAGAUGGGAAAUCAUGGCCCAAAAGGCCUGGUUGUUACAGGCUGGUCAUAUGUACCUGGUUGUCCUUGGAGCUCAGAGAAAGCUGAUGUCACUGCUGGAGUAAAAGCUUUCCAAACCCAGCAGCUUUCUGUGUAGUUCUUACAGGGAGAAGGGGAGAGGGAGGUGCCCGUGGUAGACAUAGCACAGGCAAUGAGGACCCUAGUUGGGGAGACAAUGCCUAGGUCAGUGGGGAUGGACCUAUGGCAGUAUGCUUCAGUGGGCACACACAGCCUUCUCUGUCA